AUGCAAUUUUUUUCACUUAUCAAGCCAGAGACAGAUGCCAACAGAGAGGUGCCUUCGCCUACAUUCAACUUGUCCAAGAACAUAAUUGAGAGAUUUUCACUCAAGGGUAAAGUCACUGUUGUUACUGGUGGUGCUGGUGCUAUUGGCUCGUGCAUUGCCGAGGGUUAUGCACAAGCUGGUGGUGAUGUUGUCAUUUUGGACCACGCCCACAGUGAUGAGGGACUCAGUGAACGUCUUGCUUCUACAUACAAGGUUCGCUCGAAAUUUUAUCAAAUCGAUGUUACCAAUGCUGAGCAAGUGAAGGAGGUCAUCAGCAAAAUUGUUGAUGAAUUUGGCCGCUUGGAUGUAUUUGUUGCUAAUGCAGGUAUUGCAUGGUAUACUGGCUCUAUCUUGAACCCCGACUCAACCCCAGAGAACUGGAGACGUGUCUUUGACGUUAAUGUCAAUGGUGUAUUUUAUUGUGCAAAGUAUGCUGGAGAGGUUUUUCAAAAGCAGGGCAGCGGUUCAUUGAUUAUUACCGCAUCUAUCUCAGCACACAUCAAUAACGUGCCCAACUAUCAAACAUGUUACAACUCAGCUAAAGCAGCUGCAAUGCACAUGGCCAAAGGUUUGGCCGUUGAGUUUGCAGGUUUUGCCAGAGUUAACUCGGUGAGUCCGGGAUACACAAAUACAUUGUUGUCAGCACCAAUACCUAAAGAGCAGAGGGCUAAAUGGUGGGGCUUGACACCAAUGGGUAGAGAGGCCGAGCCAGAUGAGUUGGUUGGAGCAUAUUUGUACUUGGCUAGUGAUGCAUCGAGUUUUACAACAGGGUCAGAUAUCAGAGUUGAUGGUGGCUACUGUAGUGUAUAA